AUGCCUCAACUACUCCUGAUCCUGAGCCAUGUGGUCCAUGGAUAUGUUGGCAACCGGGCUAUAGUCUUCCCCCUUCAAUACUGUGGUUGGGAUGCUGAUGCCAUCAAUACAACACACUUCUCAAACCACCCAGGAUAUGGUUCAUUUGAAGGUUCGAAGACUCCCGCCUCGGCAGUUGCCGACAUCAUCGAAGGGCUUGAAGACAUUCUCAAUGUUAACAGCUAUCAUUUGCUUGUUACAGGGUAUGCCCCCACUGCAGAAACUCUUCAGGUGAUCAUCGACAAGUUGAAACCACUUGACGUUCCUUGGUUGAUGGAUCCAGUGUUGGGUGAUAACGGAAAGCUAUACGUUGAAUCAAAAUUGAUCCCCAUGUAUCAAGAUAUAUUACGACUGGGUAGAGUGAGUCUUGUCACUCCAAAUCAGUUCGAGUUCGAAAUGUUAGUGGGAGAAUUAUUCGAUCUGUGGUCACAGUUGCGGCAAGCAGUGAUCAAGUUUUUUGAGCAGUAUAAGGUCAAGCAUUUGGUGAUUUCUCUGGUUAUACUUGAAGGCAAAAUGUGGCUGAUCGGAGCCUCAUCAUCUGAGAUGUUUGCCAUUCCCAUUGAGGAGGUUCCUUGUCAUUUCUCAGGACUGGGGGAUUUAUUCUGUGCUAUCUUGGCCCAUAACUACUACUACACUGAUUACCGGCUUACCCCCGAGAUUUUGGGCGAUACUUUGAUCAAGUUGACAGAAGUUCUACAACGAAGCUUGACGAAAGCUCAAUCGAAAGAUCCUCAGACCAAAUAUGUCCGUGAUUUGGAUAUAGUGGGACUGAGAGAAGUCUACGUUGCUGACUACCGUGACAGAGUGAAGAACGUUAAAAUUAUCGAAACCACUACAUAG